CACCGCCGCCGAGCGGCCGCACCUGCAUUAAAGUGGGGACGUCCGGCGGCCGAGGAGGAAGAGAGCGCGCGCAGACCGGGGAGCUGCGGACAGAGCUGAGCCGAGAACCAGAGCGCAUCCGCCGGAUCCAUCCGCAGCGCUCCGACCGUCGAGACCCCAAAGGCGGAGACGGCGCGUUCAAGACGCGCGCUUCCGAGGAAUAAAAUGAAACGGAGCAGAGCGGGGAUACGACGGAUCCAGACUGAGCGGAUGAGCGCGCAGAUUUUUCCUUGUGAUCCAUGACAAAGCAAGUACAUCGACUCUUCUAUUGUCCCAGGGCUGUUUCUCCCCAAGUGCCUUGACUGUCCAUUGUGACAGAAAGAGACAUCCAGCUUACCGUUUCUGUUUGCCAGCCACAACUGCCAGACCAGGAAGAGUGCUUAAAUCUGAGCUCUAUCCGUCAUCCUCCUCCCCUUCAUCCCACCACUCCCUUAUCCUGGUCCUUCAUUACUUUGCCCCUUCCUCAUCUUUAGUUCAGCACAAUUCGGAGUCCCACAUGACAAGUCAGAAACAUCCGCUAUUCUCCCACUCCACGCGAGUCUUCUUUCCUCUCCCUCCAUCCCCUGUAGUGCUUGGCUUCAGUGCCCAUCACAUAGACAGAUGGAGCCAACCCUGACCCCUCUCCUCGCCCACGGGGACGCCAAGAGAAUCAGCGCCUGACUGGAGGAGAGGGGAGUAAGCGCAAGUGCGAAGGGAGAGGCACGGGGGGGGGGGGGGGGGAAGUAGACCGUUGCUCCGUCGCCACGGCAACACAUCCGACAAACUCCUGGAUGCCACUUCAUCCGCAGACGAGGCUAUCGGAUAAAACCACGCGCGGCAGGAAGCGCAGCGGGCGGGAACAGAAGGACCUCAUGGUCCCCCCCCUUUGAUUGUCCGUCAGACAUCUCAGUCUGUGUAUUUUUUUUUUCCCUCAAAGACAAGAUGUGAACAUAAUAAUCUGAGUAUCACAAACACAGAAAAAGGAAAACUUGAGUUGAAUUUUCAUUCAGAGCACAUCUUUCAGACAUUUUCCUUGAUCAGUGAUCUAAAUAAUUUGGUGAAAGUUGGAGUGGCCCAACCAAGAGCAAGCCAGCAGACAAGGGUAUUCUGUUUCCCAAGAAAAGAACAAGCAGAACUUCCUAAAAAGCAAAACAAACUUCCGUCAAUCUGCCUUUGGGAGCACCUAUGAUAUUUAUGGAGCCAACACAACAUGGACAAAAUGACAGAGUUUAGAGGUCAAAGAAGUCAUGCAGGCGGAGGGGCAGACACAGUCCAGCGCCUCUGUCUCUGGAAAUGCAUCUGAAGAUCAGAGCGACAAACACAACAAGAAGUGACUGCUGCAACAGCGGAGAGCCAAACUGGAAAGUCUGCUGCUGGGAUUCUUUGCUUUGAAUAUCGAUGCAGAAAGAACAAUUUGUAUCCAUUGAGUGUGAGCUAUAAAGAUUUUCUCUCACACAGGAGCCACAUUUCUGACUUUGUGGAGCCCGUUAUUUCAGUGCAGAGCCACUAAAAACUGGGCUCAGUCAAGUGUUUUAGUACACUCUGAAAAAGAAGAGGAAAAAAAGCUUGACUGCCACCAACUCUAGCCACGUUAAAUAAGAAUACUAAAGUAUCUUCUUUGAAACCAACCUGGAUCUUUCACUGGUCCAAUCAUCUGGGAAGCUGUGGAAAACAGAGAUACUUGGGUGACUUUUGUUGUCUUUGAGGAGGAUUUGUCUACCUUUGGUCAGCUUAGGGGGGCAAGAGGAUGCCAGAACUGGAAAAUUACCCACCAGGAGCCAGAGACUCUGAGUUGGAUGUCAGUGGGCCGGCAAACCCCGCCCAGAUUCAGCACAGCAUCCUGGAGGAGCAGGUGGAGCUGUGGUGGUUCAGAGAUCCUGGGAAAUCUUUACUCUGCUACUGCAUCGCUGUGCUUUUGAUCCUGGGCUGCGGGCUUGGCGGCGUCGGCCUUCUCUCCACCACCACCAGUGUGUCGAGUGAAUGGCGGCUGGGCGUGGGCACAGCCCUGUGCCUCCUCGCCCUGGGGGUCCUCCUCAAACAGCUGCUCAGCUCUGCUGUGCAGGACAUGAACUGCGUUCGAAGCCGACAGCGGAUUGACAUGCUGAAGAGCGGUGGCCUAUCGGACCUUCUGGUGGUUUUGAUUACUGGGCUGUCGCUGUUGAUUUGUGGAGGCGUUCUCCUACAUCUGGCCCUGGUUAACCAUAUGCCAAAGCCAGGACAAGCCCUUAAUGACAUGUACAUUUCAGGAUUGGUUUUGCUGGCUGGAGGGGGAGCAGCAGUCGUGGGUGUGGGGAUUUACUCAGUCGUGGUGAUCCUGCUCGAGAGGACGAGGCAUGGACGAAGAUUUGUGGAUCGAGUUUUGAACAUUUUCACGGUGUCAGGACACAUGGACCGUCACGCCCGCAGAGAGACUACCUCCAGCUUGGCUAAUCUCCUUUGAGCUGCAGUAUUGUUAGAGCUGUGUGUAUAUUGACCUCGGCUAAGCUUAAUUAUGCCCAGUUAUUUAAAAAAAAACAAUGUCUUAAACAAAAUUUAUACCUAACAUGCCUCACAGAGUGGUCAUACUAUGCAUGAAACAAAAAGAAAAAAAUCUGUUGACAUAAAAUGGACUCUAUGAGAGCGGUAGAAGGUAGUUUGAGUGUUUGUGUGGGCAGCAGUGUGAAAGUUCCAAAAAAGUUAAAAGUGAUAUUCAGUAACGACAAGCACAAGUUUAGAUUAAUUUGCAAUGUGCAGCAAUGUAGAACAGUUGAUGGGUGUCAACUGAAAAUGAUCCAGCAGAUCCAUCAUGGGACUGUUUAAAGGUUCUUCUCUUUUGCAGACAUUCAUAAUAAAGUAUGUAUUAAUAUCAGGUCACAAGACCUCGAAGCACACAUCUUAAUACAAAAAAAAAAGAAAAAUCUUUAUCUUUAUGAUUACAAGCCCCCCCUCCCCCCCCUCUGAAGGUUCAUGUGUUGACACACAGCGGAGAUUUUCUGUCAGACAGCAAAAAGACAACAUGAUUGUUGGACAAAAUACUUAUCAGGAUAAUUCAGGAUGUUAGAAGAAAUUGUUUGGUUCCUUUUGUUGAUCAGCAGCGUAUUGUUGACUGUGAAUUUCACAGUGCUUUAUUAUGUUGGAAACAGUAUUAAGUUGUGUUUUUGAUAUAAUUGCGUUAAAGGUCUUAUGUAAGGCGAUCGCUCGUUGUGUGGAAAUCAUAAACAAGCAACCAGGCCAAAUGGAGAAAUCUUGUUUUCAUAUUGACGAUUUUUUUCAUUAAAGCCUUGGCAAACCCA